AUGGCUCCCCUCAGUGCGGCGGCCGCCGGUAGCAGCCUUUGCACUACACCGAUAUGUCUCGAGAUCGCCUCCAACAUCCUCCUCAGUCUCGCCCCGAACUAUACUGAAAUCGACCCGUGCACAGACUUUGACAAAUAUGCGUGCUCUGGGUGGAAAGCAAGCCACGCGCCAGAGGCCGGCCAAGGCAAGACCUCCUCGCUGGGUGUCGUCGGCAGCGACGUCUAUGUGGUGUUGAAGAACAUCUUGGAAGGUUCUUAUCCCACUGGGCCCGAAGCCGGAUUCAUCACGAAAUCGCUGUCAAAAGAGCAGGUGGGCGUGGAUCGGGACAAUUUCCAGCUCAUCGUGGAGACUUACAAUGCUUGCCUCAAUGACACCGCCGUCAAGGCGGCAGGCUUGGGCCCCCUUAUCAAUCUCGUCAAUCGCAUCACGGAAGCUUUCCCCGUAGCAGAUAGCACAGAGGACAGGGAACGCAAGAUCUCGAAAAAUGAUGCCAAAAACAUGGGCAAGACGCUGUUACUCUUUGGUCAGCUCGGCAUCUCGACAUUCGAGACAAUCACCGUUGACUUUGAUGACCAGAAUCCGAACAAGACGCUCAUUUACGUCGUGCCCGGGGGCUCACCGUUGCUCACCGGCUCCGUAGCCAAGAAUAACGACACUGUUGCGGAGUAUGAGCGCAUUAUGACAGCAGUGCUUCAGGCAGUACAUCCGGGCAAACUCGAUGUUAUGAAAGCCCAGAGACUGGCUUUAGCCGUCACUAAGUUUGAAAAGGAUGCGACCGCCUUGCAGGCUACCGAUGACAGCAAGACAAACGCAAGUGUGAGUAAGGUCCAUCUCCCUAGGGUUGUUCCAGAAUUUGACACGCUCCAGUCACCCGCGAGAAAAUUCAAGUUGGCAGAGGUCACGAGCGUAGCCCCAGAACUCGGUCACGACUUCGUCAUCAACAACUUGAUUCCCGCUGACUAUACGCCGGAUCAACUUGUGUUCUCCCCCGCUUACUUUGGAAAUCUAUCUCAGCUUCUUUCCAAUUCUACUGUUGAAACGGUCCAAGGCUUCUUCAUCUGGAAGGCAGUAUCCACCUUCUCCGGUUUCGUCGAGGCAGAUGUCACGGAAAGGCUGAAUGACAUGAAAUACAAGCUUCGCGCCACAGACCCAGAGUUGGUUGGCAAGCCACCAAGAUGGCAGCGAUGCGUCGGUCAUGUUGAUGAGGGAAUCUCAUGGAGUGGUCUACCUGCCGGCCUUGGCUGGAUACUCAGUCGAUUCUACCUUGACAAGGCAUACUCAAACGAAGCUCGUGAUCUGGCUGUCAACAUGAUGGGCACGAUUCAGCAGGCCUUUAUCUCACGCCUCGGCGAAAAGGAUUGGUUAACAUCAGAGGUCAAGAAAGAGGCCGAGGUCAAGGUCAAAGCAAUUUCUAGGAAGAUUGGUUAUCCGGACGUGUCUCCAGACACCAAAAACCCACGCAAACUUGCAGACUAUUACUCCGGUCUGAAACUGACCAAUUCCUACUUCAACAACGCUGUCGCUUUUGCGACUUUCUCCAGCAAGUCGUCAUGGGCUCUACUCGGCAAGCCCACAGAUAGAAAUAUCUGGCUGCAAACCCCAUCGACAACAAAUGCAUACUACUCUCCGACCUUCAAUGACAUUGUCAUCAAUGCUGGCAUCCAACAAAAACCCCUGUAUAACGUUGCUUAUCCUUCUUAUAUCAACUAUGGUGCUCUCGGCGCCGUUCUCGGCCAUGAGCUCACCCAUGGCUUUGACAAUAGUGGGCACAAUUACGCUGCCAACGGCUCCCUUGCAAAUUGGUGGGAUGAACAGAGCCUCAAGGCGUUCAGUAACCGCACCAAGUGCUUCGCAGACCAGUACCAGAAGUUCACCGUCAUUGCGCCAAACGGUACGGACGUUCCUGUCAAAGGUAACUUCACACUCGGUGAAAAUAUAGCAGAUGCUGGAGGUGUGGCAACAAGUUAUACGGCGUGGAAGAAGCUACAGGCAGACCAGAAGGCUCAGGAUUUCGAUCUGCCUGGUCUGCCGGGCUUCUCGCAUGACCAGCUGUUCUUCUUGAAAUGGGCACAAACUUGGUGUGAGGUGUCGUCCUCGCGGGAAUACGACGUCUUUCUGCUCGGGGCCGACGUGCACUCCCCAGGAUUCGCUCGCAUCAAGGGACCCUUGGAUAAUUCGAAGGACUUUCGCAGCGUUUUCAACUGCCCUCAGAGACAGCCUACGUGUGAGCUUUGGUAG